UAGUGGAUGUGACUGCGGCUCCUCUGCGCGUCUCUCUGCGCCCCGGUGCGUCACGGUGCGUCACGGUGCGCCGGAGGUCGCUGUUCUGACUCGGUGUGCCACCUCUCCGUCCUCUCUUUCGAUUUCGGAGAUAAAAAUGGAGAAACGCUGCACGGACUCACGAGUCAAAGGAGUCAGCACAGGGACCACCAUCCUGGCUGCUGUUUUCAACGGAGGGGUCGUGAUUGGUUCAGACUCCAGGGCUUCAAUGGGAGGGGAAUUUGUCUCAUCUAAGACCAUCAACAAGGUGAUUCAGGUUCAUGACCAGAUCUUCUGCUGCAUGUCCGGCUCGCUCGCAGAUGCUCAGGCCGUCACCAAGGCUGCCAAAUUCCACCUGUCCUUCCACAGCGUCCAGAUGGAGACGCCUCCACUGGUGAUAGCAGCAGCGUCGGUGCUGAAGGAACUGUGCUACAAUAACAAAGAGGAGCUGCAGGCCGGGUUCAUCACAGCAGGCUGGGACAAGAAGGACGGACCACAGGUGUACGUCGUGUCUCUGGGUGGGAUGUUACUCCGUCAGCCUGUGACCAUCGGUGGCUCCGGAAGCACUUACAUCUACGGCUACGUUGAUGCCAAAUACAAACCCAACAUGAGCAGAGAAGAAUGUCUACAGUUUGCCCUUAAUGCUCUUGCUUUGGCCAUGGGCAGAGACAACGUCAGCGGCGGUGUGGCUAACCUGGUGGUGGUCACGGAAACGGGGGUGGAGCAUGUGGUCGUACCUGGUGACAAGCUGCCCAAGUUCCACCAUGAGUGACCACCCUCAAACUCCUGCUGACAUUUUCAUUUUGUUUUGUAUUGAUUUGGAUUCAACUCCACAGCUUUAUUUCUAAAUUGUUAUGUUGGACUGGGAUAUAAAAACCAGACACCUGAAGUCAUAAAAACAUAUUUAACAGUGUGUAGUUAGCAGCUGUGUAACCUGUUAGUUAGUUUAAACAAACUCAAGAUCAAACUUCAAAUCAAAUGAAAUUGUUUCCAUUUAAAUAAAUCAGGUUUCUUUUUGCUUUUUAUGUUUUGUCUUCAUGUAUUUGUGACACACGGAAAAAUGUAAAUUUAAAAUAAAUAGUUUCCAAAA